ACUGAUGCGCAUUGUUAGGCAACACUGGCUGCACAGAAGCAGCAGAUGCAACCACAAGCCACUAGAAAAAUGGAAAAAUUAUAACGUUUAAUAUAUACACUGCACACACAACCCACACAGUAACACAAAAUUUUACAUUAAUAAGCAGAAUUCAUGCGUUUGCUGUACUGAAUUCAACGAACUUCGCAACAGGAACAACAACAACUACAAUAACCCAACUACGACAGCAGCAGAGGCAAGAAGUACAGUAAGAGAACGGCGCUAAUAUUUUGGUUGAAAUUUUAGUUUUUAUUCCAUUUCUGUUUGUUCAUUUUCUAUUUCUCUUUAUAUUUGCUUUGUUUUACUGCAUAGAUAGCAUAGAUAUGUCACACACCAUUUUGCUGGUACAGCCGGGCGCGCGGCCCGAGACGCGAACCUAUUGCGAUUAUGAGAGCGUCAAUGAGUGCAUGGAAGGCGUUUGCAAGAUCUACGAGGAGCAUCUGAAGCGACGAAAUCCGAACACGCCCACCAUUACGUACGACAUCAGUCAGCUGUUCGAUUUUAUCGAUACGCUAAUCGACAUUAGCUGUCUGGUCUAUCAAAAGAGCACUAAUACCUACGCGCCCUACAACAAGGACUGGAUCAAGGAGAAGAUCUAUGUUCUGCUGCGGCAGGCGGCGUUCAGUCCAAAUGCCUGAGAUGGCCUCCACUGCUGACUAGCCAAACACAACCAAAAAAAAAACAAAAAAACCAUUAUAGCCUAAUAUCACA